CAGCUGUUGGCCCUGGAAAAUUAGACUACUUGGCUAUGUUUAUGUCUUUGGAAAUGGAACCACAUUAGUCUGUUUUCAAAAAAUGAACCAAACCAUUGUUUCAACAUUUAUUGUUCGACACUGUACCCAUAAUGUUAAACAUAUGUCCACAUCACUAAAUGUUGCUGCUUACAAAAGUACACACUGUAAUGAAAGGUCAUAAACACCAAUGUAUCAUUUUUACAGUACGAAAGCAAGCCUCCACUUCCAGAACACAAGCAACACUGUCAAGAGCCGUGGAUGCUGGCGAUACAGGAACUUCAACAUCGCAUCACAGUCCACAAAGACGUCCUUCACAGGGGUCUGGCAGCCACACGAUCAGGCCUAGCAAGAGACGUCAUCCUGACGACGCACCAACACCAGCAUUAAGCACACCCCCACGUCGUAUUUCUACUGUGUUGCCUCAGCCACCAGAACACAUUUUGGAGAGUACUCAAUCACAGGGUCCACAUUCCCCUCAGCUGUCUGAACCAGACAUCAUGCCCCCGGAAGCCCAGCAGGAAUCUGAACAGGAAACAUACACCCUCCAACUGCAAGCAAUAGAUGUUCACCAACCAAGCACGCCUCAGGAAAGUAUCCCGCCACCUCAAAUGUCACCACACCCACAAUUGAGCCAAACAAUCCCACCCCACCAACCUGAGCCAUCCUUUUGGUCAACAUGGAACCAACAACAGGCACAGAAUAUUGAUUGCCUACGCACACACACCCAAUACCUAGCCUGUCUGCCCCAUCAUCUACCGAGACUGUGUAGAAACACAAGCAGGCUCAAUGUCCAGCUAUGCAGAGUCGCAAACAGUAUGGAGCAGAUGAGAGCAGGUAACAGCCAACUUAUUGUUACCUUUCAGCGCAUAAUGGAUGAGCAACACCGACAUCAACAGGCCCUCAUUCAGUUAAUUCAAAGUAAUCAAAUUAUAUCAGAAACCAUGUCUCGCAUCAUAGACAACAACACAACAGCCACAACACAACUUACCGCAAACCUCAGCCAAAAUAUUAAUUUGUUGGCACAACACCAACAAGGUUCCAUCUCAGGAACCAACACACCUACACAGACCCCAAUUUCAUCACCAGUUCGAAGAUCCAGCCGAACCUGCUCCACUGCCCAAACCAAACCCACGUCCGCCACCAAAGAACAGCCUAAGAAAUAGUCCACCCUGCAGCUGGAUACACAUUGUUGACAAAACUAGGUCUACACAAUAGCAGUUAUUUGUAAUGAAAACACAUGUUGUACAGUAAUAAAUGUGAAAAGUGAUUGAUGUGCAAUGUGUUAUGUGCAAAAAACUGUCAGUGUAAGAGCAAAUUUCUUUUUUUUUUAAAUCAAGUAAUUUUUUAUUGAGUUUUGUAACACAUUGACACAACAAGACAAAACAACAACAUUGAAAUAAACUAUAACAAUUGCCAUCAAUAAACAGGUAUUUUCAGAUCACAGUUCGGUGUGCGUGUUAAUUCUUUUCGCAUAUGUGUACACGACAUAGAAUAUCAAUAUUAUUACGAAUGUCGCUCAAGUGCUCAAUACCUGCCCGCCCAGCCAUGU